GUCAGGCCCACCCAUAAAGUUGUAUUUUGCGGUUACUUGCAGAGCACCUUGUGUUCUGUUGGUACUGAAGGCCAACAGGAGUAACAAAGGAGGGGCUUCGUGGACCCCUGCUUCCCCCAAGAUGGCCCGUUUCUCCGGAGAGGACCAGGAGAUGCUGCAGGCGAUGCUGAGGCAGUUGUUUCAGAGCGUGAAGGAGAAAAUCACGGGUGCUCCCUCCCUAGAAUGCGCCGAGGAGAUCCUCUUACAUCUGGAGGAAACUGAUGAAAAUUUCCACAACUAUGAAUUUGUGAAAUACCUUAGACAGCAUAUAUGCAACACUUUGGGGUCUAUGAUUGAAGAAGAAAUGGAAAAAUGGACAUCUGAUCAGAAUCAGGGUGAGAAAUCUGGCUAUGACACAGUUGUACGGCAUGUUACUAAAAGAACUCAGGAAUCUAAAGAAUACAAAGAAAUGAUGCAUUCCCUGAAGAACAUCAUGAUGGUAGUGGUGGAAUCAAUGAUGAACAAGUUUGAAGAAGAUGAGAUACGAAGUCAAGAGAGGCAGAAAAAUAUCCCAAAGGACAAAAGCAGUAGUUACUGCACCGACAAUUGCUCUGACAGUGAUUCUUCAUUCAAUCAGAGUUACAAAUUUUGUCAAGGAAAAUUACAAUUGAUUUUAGACCAGUUGGAUCAAGGGCAACCUAAAGAGGUGAGAUAUGAAGCCUUGCAAACACUAUGUUCAGCUCCACCAAGUGAUGUACUGAACUGUGAAAAUUGGACCACUCUCUGUGAAAAACUGACAGCAUCUCUUUCAGAUCCUGAUCCUGUGUUUAGUGACCGGAUUUUAAAAUUCUAUGCACAGACAUUUACACUUUCACCAUUACACAUGACCAAGGAAAUUUAUACAAGCUUAGCUAAAUAUUUGGAGUUAUGCUUUAUUUCUAGAGAAAGUCAUAUUCCUACUGUUUCAACUGGUAUAGAUCUAACUAAUCCUAAUGUGAUUCGCUUACUUAAAAAGGUUCGUCUUCUAAAUGAAUAUCAGAAAGAGGCUCCAUCUUUCUGGAUUCGCCACUCUGAGAAGUAUAUGGAAGAAAUUGUGGAGAGUACUUUGUCCUUAUUAUCAGUUAAACAUGAUCAAAGCCAUCUUGUCUCACAAAAGAUUUUGGAUCCAGUCUACUUUCUUGCAUUGGUUGAUACCAAGGCUGUGUGGUUCAAAAAGUGGAUGCAUGCAUAUUAUAGCAGAACUGUAGUGCUGAGACUUCUUGACAAGAAAUAUAAAUCUCUGAUAACUACAGCAGUUCAGCAGUGUGUUCAAUACUUUGAGUUAUGUGAGACCAUGAAAACUGAUAAGAUUUUGGGACAUUCAAAGCAUUGUGGAAACAAACAGAAAACUUUCUACUAUUCAGGGCGAGAAUUACAAUAUAUUUAUUUCAUCCAUUCACUGUGCCUUUUGGGAAGAUUAUUGAUCUAUACACAAGGCAGAAAGCUAUUUCCCAUAAAGCUGAAGAAUAAAAAAGAUUCAGUUUCCCUCACGGAUCUUCUGGUUCUGUUUAUCCAACUUAUCUAUUACUCACCAAGUUGUCCAAAGAUAACAUCAGCUGCACAUUUAGAGAAUUAUUCUCCUGCAAGUAUGGUGACUGAAGUUCUAUGGAUACUCUGUGAUCAGAAAGAAUGUGCAAUCGGAUGCUUAUAUAACAACAUUGUAGUUGAGGCACUUCUUCAGCCUGUUCAUGAUUUAAUGAAAGGCACUAAGCCUGCUUCAAAUUGCUCUGAAACAGCUUUAAUUCAUAUAGCUGAUAUUUUGGCAAGAAUUGCAUCCACAGAAGAAGGACUUACCUUACUUCUUUAUGGAGAAAAUAUGAACUCUUCUGAAGAAAAAAGUUCCACAGGUGCUCAUAUAAUUGCUCAGUUUUCAAAAAAACUUCUUGAUGAAGAUAUUUCUAUUUUUUCUGGAUUGGAAAUGUUGCCUGUGGUUACAGGAGCUUUUAUUUCUGCAUGUCGCCAAAUAUAUGGUACAUGUGAAGGCUUGCAGUUGUUAAUUCCUUAUAGUUUGCAUGAAUCUAUAGCAAAGGCAUGGAAGAAGACAAGUUUGCUAUCAGAAAGAAUUCCUACUCCAGUAGAGGGUUCGGAUUCUUUGUCUUCAGUAAGCCAGGAAUCCCAAAACAUUAUGGCUUGGGAAGAGAAUUUGUUAGAUGAUUUACUAAAUUUUGCUGCCACCCCCAAAGGACUACUACUUCUUCAAAGAACAGGUGCCAUCAACGAAUGUGUGACAUUUAUGUUCAACCGAUACGCAAAAAAAUUGCAGAUCAGCAGGCAUAAGAAGUUUGCUUAUGACGUUUUGGUUACACAAGUGGCAUCAACAGCAGCAGGUGCAAGAGCGCUGCAAAGUUCAGGGUUUAUUAAUGCGCUUAUAACUGAAUUAUGGGCCAAUCUGGAAUGUGGAAGAGAUGAUGUUAGAGUAACCCAUCCCAGAUCUACUCCAGUGGAUCCUAUAGACCGAAGCUGUCAAAAGUCUUUUCUAGCACUGGUGAACUUGUUAUCUUAUCCUGCUGUUUAUGAGCUGGUAGGCAAUCAAGAUCUUCCUAAUAAAGCAGAAUAUUCUCUUCGUGAAGUCCCAGCGUGUGUUAUUAAUAUUAUUGAUAGACUUGUAAUUUUGAAUUCUGAAGCUAAGAUUCGUUCUUUAUUCAACUAUGAACAAUCACACAUCUUUGGUCUAAGGUUAUUAAGUAUGGUAUGCUGUGAUCUAGACACUCUUCUUCUGUUAGAGGCUCAGUAUCAAGUAUCUGAAAUAUUAUUAAAUUCUCAAGAAGAAAAUAUCUUAGAGACCUCAGAGAGCCACAGGGAUUUUAUAAUUGAUGGCUUAUCGGUAGAGAGAAACCAUGUUCUUGUUAGAAUAAAUCUUAUUGGUGGGCCAAUGGAACGGAUUUUGCCUCCCAGGACACUGGAAAAGGGUAAUGAUCCAUAUCCUUGGCCAAUGUUUUCAUCAUAUCCUUUACCAAACUGCUAUCUGUCAGAAGUUCCAAGAAAUACUGAUCUAAAACAAGACAAUGAUCUUGGGAAACUUUUAUUACUCUUCAAGAUGUCUGAUAAACAAACUGAGUGGAUAGAAAACUGCCGAAGCCAAUUUUGCAAAAUGAUGAAGGCCAAACCUGCUGUAAUCAGUGGAGAUGCUUUAGCAGAGUUACUUGAAAAAUUUGUGCUUCAUCUCUCUGGAAGCCCAUCAGAAUGCUACUUCCCCUCAGUGGAAUAUACAGCUGCUGAUGCAAAUGUGAAGAAUGAAAAUCUUUCAUCUGUGCAGCAACUUGGCAUUAAAAUGACUGUCAGGUAUGGCAAGUUCCUCAACCUGUUAAAAGAUGGUGCAGAAAACGAUCUUAGCUGGGUUUUAAAGCACUGUGAGAGAUUCCUGAAACAGCAGCAAUCUCCCGUAAAAUCUUCUCUUCUCUGCCUGCAGGGGAGUUAUGCUGGCCAUGACUGGUUUGUAUCUUCUUUGUUCAUGAUAAUGUUGGGGAACAAAGAGAAAACAUUCCAAUUUCUUCAGCAGUUCUCCAGGCUUCUGACCUCUGCUUUCCUUUGGUUGCCAAGGCUACAUAUUUCUCAGUACCUACAUGUUGACACUAUAGAAACCGGCAUCCAUCCAGUAUAUUUUUGCAGCACUCACUAUAUUGAAAUGCUACUGAAAGCAGAGGUGCCACUUGUGUUUUCAGCUUUUCAUAUGUCUGGUUUUGCACCAUCACAGAUUUGCGUUCAAUGGAUAACUCAGUGUUUUUGGAAUUACUUAGAUUGGAUAGAAAUCUGCCAUUAUAUUGCUACUUGUGUUUUCCUUGGUGCUGACUACCAAGUGUAUAUCUGUAUAGCUAUAUUCAAACAUCUACAACAAGACAUUCUGCAGCACACUCAGACUCAAGAUCUGCAGGUUUUCCUAAAAGAGGAAGCACUGCAUGGGUUUCGAGUGAGUGAUUACUUUGAAUACAUGGAAAUUUUGGAACAAAACUACCGACCGGUGUUGCUGAGAGACAUGCAGAAUAUUAGAGUGCAAAGCACAUAGCUCGUCAAAUGCACAGUCUAGUUUUAUAUGUUUUAUUUAUUUUUAAAAGAAGCAAAGAGACUUGAUUGCUUCUAAUCUGUGUCUAUAACAACAUAUACUUUGUGAAUACACAUACUGUAAAUCAAUACUGAUGGUUUUUGAAUAUAAUAAUUUAAGUAGGUUUUAGCUCAAUUUUUGAAAUGAGAUGAAUUCAUUUUUAUAAAUUUGUUGUGUAUGGUUGCUUUAAAAUCAGAUCUAGCUCACUUAUGGUUCUUUGUAUGUAAGAACUAGUUCCAACCUAUAUCUCUUCCUUCACCGCAUGAUUAAAAUAUUUUUUCCAAAGACUUUGGAAAGAAGCAGCAAUAUUGUAAAUAAUUGACUAGCAAAAAGAGUCCAAAGAGACAAAGAAAAGACAGUUGUUUUAUUUAUUUUUUUAUGUCUGCACAUAUAAGAAAAAGAGAAAACCACAACUGCUUAUUCUACAUGUGGAGAAACAAAUGGUAUUUAUCAUGGCAAGUUGUAGGAAAAUUAUUGUCCUCAGAUAUAAUUGUUUUUCUAGGAACUGCUUUUGGUACCUAUAUCAAUUUAUAAUUUUUCACGUGAAAUGUGGUCUCUACAUGGUUCAUUUAAAAGAUAGAUUGGUUCUUUCAUACUGGUAAGCAUUUGACUCUCAUUUGUCAUGCAUUUUCCUUGGUGAUAGAUUUGAUUUGUACCGAACUAGAAAACAUUAAGGAAAAUAGAUUUCCAAAUUAUUUUAAAUGACUAACACUGUUUUAUUUGAAUAGAAGUCUCUGCUUCGAUGAGGUUAAUAUAUGUGAGGGUCUAUUUUCUUAUAACUGUCAACAUUUAAUAUAUGAAAGUAAUACACAAAAAUAUUAAAUUGUUAAUUUUUCAGUCAUCAAUUUCAACAAGUUUUUAAAUCAACCAUUAAAACUAUUUUGAAGCUUUUUUUUUUUUUCCUUUUCAACCCAAAAUGGCUCAUCCAUAAACUCAUUUUUCCUUUUAGUAUGAUAAAACAACUGGUCCCGCACAGGUUUCAAUUUUGUGAUAUUUAGGCUAUUGUAAUAUCAACCUUCCAAAAUCAGGUUUUAUGUUGUAAAUGCCAACAAUAGCUUCUCAGUAAUGGUGUUCCUAAAGGGCAUUGGAAAAGUUGAGAAAAGAAAAUUGAGCGAGUUAAUUUGACAUAUUGCUCACUUUACCUCUGGCUGAUGCAAGUUAAGAAAGAGAGUCCUACGUGACCCCAAAACACCAAGCUUUGUCUACUUUCAAACUUAAUUUUGAAAAGCUGUUCUGCAGAACCUGUAAUACAUGUUUAUGGAUCCAUUUCCUCUCAUUUUCUUCCCGAGUUAUUGUUAUUGAUCCUAAGAAACUUACAGUUUUAUGUCUUUUUAAAAACUCUUACAUGGUAGCUGCAAAUACGAAUGGAGAAGAAACUGUAACUUAAUUUUGUAAUAUUCAUUGGUGAUUUUGAUUGGAAACUGAAGGAAGAUUUAGGUAAUAACAAUUACAUUUUGGAAAAGUGACUUCAGCUGGAUCUAGAAGGCUUUUGUUUACAUUUGAUAAAUAUCUUAUGAACAAUGACAUGAUCAGUAACAUGAACAAUUAGCAAUCUAGUGAUACAAAAUGUAGCAUAUGGUAGUUUGUGUAACUAACAUUGUGAAUUAUUUUUGCACCUAUUUUUAUUUUACGAAUACUCUUUAGAAAUAAAACAGCU